UCAAGAAGCGCUCGGGACCCUAUCUAUUGAGAAAGUCGUAACGGUCACCGACCACUCCUGGGACGUUUCGGAACGGUUUGCCCUUUUUCAUUGCGAACUGGAACUCAGCGCUCAGAAACUCAGCGAUCGGAACUAUUUCACGCUGUGCGCCUUCCGUAAGCCGUUUGGAGGUGGGACUGGUGGGGGGUUGAAAUUGAACAUGGACAAAGUUGGAGUCUCAGAGAGCGGGAAACAUCUUGAAGAAUGUUCUGUUGCCAAUUCAUUAGGAACAUGGGUGUUCUCAGUAGUGGGGGCAUUGGUUGCUAUUCCUGUGGGAAUACGAAGGAAGUCUUUGGCACCGCUAGUCUUCUUUGGCACAACUGGUACCAUGCUUGAUAUUAUCAUGGGCAUCAGUGCCUGCGAAAGAGAACAUGCUGAGCGCCAAAUGAAGCUUUUGGAAGAACAGAUGGCCAAGGAUAACACUUUGGCAGAAAUAUUCAGGGGAUACAGGUGACAUGCUAAUGUUGGAAUUUGAAACUGUAACAAAAUGGCGAAUAGAGCUUAGGUUCAGUCGCCUGAGGACUUGAUGAUCAUUCAUGUAAACCGAAAAUUCAUAUCGGAAACACGACCCCAGUUUCUUGAGUGUACUAACUGUCGAAAAAAAGAAAAAGGUUUCAUGAGAGUUAUUUUCUGAAUCCGUCAGGAAGUGUGCCAUGUUGGGCACUAUAAAUGUAACAUUUAACAUUAUCAUGUUGUGUACGCCUCGUGUAUUCAUGUUCUCUAUGUGUAUUGGUAUUCUAUCCAAGGUUUUAAAAAAUUGAUUGUUAA